UGAUACGGAGUGGUAAGUAAUUUCUUUUUACUGGCCGUGUGUGUUGGGGCGGAGGAGGGAGGAGGAGCCAGCGCCAUCGCCAUCGCCGCCUCCAAGCAGUAGUGGCAGUGGGUCUAGGGCUCCAGCGGCGGUGCACGACUAGGCGCCGCGCGUAGGAUGUAGAAGAAGGUCCUGAUCUAUCUUUCUUUGCGGGAAAUUUGGAGGCUUCUUGGCUCGCAUGUCGAAUCUGUGCCAUUGCGCAUGGCGAAUGAGCCAUUUCUUGCGGCCUCCCUCGCAAUGCAGCUCCGCGGAUCUUAGCAGUGGGGGAGAGAUUGGAGAAAGAAUGUAGAGCGCGGGGAGGAGGAGAAUCCCGGUCGCGUGUCCGCAUGCCCUAAUUUAGGGCAGGCCAGGGGCAGAUGAGGAAGCGGAAGCUCGGCGAUAGCAGCACUGGUUGAUCAUGGUCGCUGCUUUGUCUUCGUCAUCACCAGCCACAGCCACAGCCACAGCCACAGGAGGAGUGCCACAACAAAGAGGGGAUUCCAUCCCAGCUCUGGCAGACAAAGGCUCUAGUGGCAAUGGGGAGAUCCUACGCAAGCAACACCGCAGCAGGGAAAUCACCUCCAGGUACAAGUCCACCACACCGACCUCCAUUCCCACCCCGCCUCCCACCACUCCAGCUCGCCGCUUUCCUUCUCCUCUCAUCGGUCGCAGCUCCAAUGGCCCGGAAGGCCCCAAGCGAGCAGUGUCGGCGGAGCGCAAGAGGCCCGACUCGCCAGCCUCGUCUUCGUCAACCACUAGCGGCAGUAGUGGCAGGCCAGGUACUCCGAGAACGGUGCCGAGAGUUUCUUCUGGGCCGGGGAAUGCAGAUGCGUUGCGCUCGGCUCAGCGCUUGUGGCCCUCCACCCACGCUCUAUCCGCAUCCUUGCAGCUGGAUCAUACUCUGAGGCCCGCCGAGAAUGGCAUCCGCAGGAGCUUAUCUUCGGACAAGGCCCCGUCUGACAGGAAGGGGACACCAGAGAGGAAGAGAACUCCUGUUCGGCGGCCAACAACGGAUCAGGCUGAGAAUGCACGGCCUCAAGACAACUCCGGUGUGCACAGGUGGUCUGCUGGAAACUCUCCGAAAGCACUGAGCCGGAGCGUAGAUCUUAGCUCCGACAAAGAUAAAAGUGGGAAGACGACAGGUCUAGUGGUGCAGGGACGAGCCAUGAAUGGUACCACUCGGCCGGUAAAGCGUACACCUCCAAUACGCAGUUUGACAAGGUCGAUCAACGAUGGCCCGUUGCCUGACUCGCCACAAAGUGUAUCUCGGCAUAUGCUCUCGGAGAGCAGGGGAAGGCCCAAACGGGACCUUGAAAAUGGCGGAGGCCGAGACAUGGCCCAACAUCAGCAGCAGGUUGACGAGUCUGUUCGACAGCUUCCUGAUGAAACGGAACUGGCAAGUUUGGAGAGCCAACCAUCGCUGGAUAACCUCUCGGACUGCGAGAGCCUAUCUUCGUCGGGCUCCGGUGCCACCACCGUCACUUCUUCCGGGUCUGUGAAGCGCACUACAGCCAGGUCGAGGCGUCUCUCUCAGGGUGACAUAGUUGGCUGCUCGCUGACGGACCAAGAUUUUUCUACGUUGGGAGGGAAGAAUGUUCGCCGGUUGAAGAGUCUGUCGGUUUCGACUGCCUCGCAGUCUACGGCGAUGUCACCCUCCCGUCUGUCGGCGCAGCAGCCACCGUCCCCGUCCCGGAUGCUGGUAUCCUCCCCAUUUCGAAGUAUUCCGAGUCCCACCAGGACGAGGAUUCCAUCGUUUCAGCUUCCACCAAGCGGGCACAGCAGCAGAGCUAGCAGCAUUUCCAGCUUGCUACAUUUUCCCAUGGACAUGCGCAAAGGAAAGAAAGCUAUGAGCCAACAGGAAGAAGCUCAGUAUCUGCGUAUACUGCACAACCGCUGGCUUCAGUGGUGCUUUGUCAACGCUCGAGCGGAGGCUGCAAAAAAUGCUCAGAGGGCCAUAGCAGAGAGGUCCAUCUACAACGCGUGGCUGCAAACGUCGGAGCUUCGAAAGUCUGUAGCCAUGAAACGGAUCAAGCUGCAACAAGCGAGACAAGCGAGAAAACUCCAGGCGAUUCUCUCGUCUCAGGGCCCUCACCUAGAGAGCUGGGCGGCACUUCACGCCGAGCAUUCGGCUGCAUUGUCUGGGGCGAUGGAAGCUCUAGAGGCUGCAGUACUGAGGGUACCUGUGACUGCCGGUGCAAGGGCCGACGUCCAAGCUAUUAGGGACGCUUUAUGCUGUACGGUGGAUGUCAUGGGAUCCUUGGGGUCGGCUGUUGUGAAUCUCAUGCCUAAGACUGAGAAGAUGGACGGUCUUAUCUCGGGGCUUGCGGAGGUGGCCAAACAGGAAAAGGCUACACUUGAAGAGUGCGGUGCCUUACUGGAUAGACUAGCUGCAUUAGAGAUAGAGGAAACAAGCCUGAGAACACAUUUUGUGCAACUCGAGUGCGAAAAGAGUAGAACCAACCUCAACUCCUCCUGGAUCGAAGCUCCACUGAGAACACCAGCAAAGACUUGCUAACUCGGCAAAGACGGCAGCAGCAGCAGCAGCAACACUUUUGGUUUUCCUCACCAUUGCUCGCUUUCCCUCGUGCUCACUCAUGCUCCAGCUGCUCGUUCGUUCGUUCGUUCGCGAUCACGCUCCCGAAGGUAUUUGUAAAUUAGCUCUAGUCCUCUUUUGUUUUGCAACUGGAGAGAGAAGAGAGCGAGGAGACCUGCCGUCGAUGAUCUCGCCCUGUCUAUACAAGCAAAAGUUAACUACCACCUUUAAUCA